UGCCUGGCGGGACUUUUAGUGGGCGCGGAAGUCUCUCUUUCACCCGGAAGUUUUUCUGGAAGCGCGGGAGUCUCGGUUUGCGGUGGCUGAGCUUGGGCGGCGGUACUGCGGCACAGUUAGAGGCGCCACUCCUUGGAGACAAAGGCCGUUUGAGGCGAAAUGCCUCCGGGCGAGAGAGGAGCAGGCCGUGGCAAUGGAGGGGCCGCCGUCACCUCCGGCAGCCGGUAGGGAAGGGGCUUGAGGGCCCUUGGAGUCGCUGGGCCUGUGCUUCCCCUUGGCGGUGACACACCGCCGGCCGCGAAGAUGAGCUCGGCCUGGGUCACCUCGUUCGAGAAGGCGCAUCUCUGGAUGUAUCUGCAAGCGCUCGGCUUCGAGCCAGGUCCGGCGACUGUCGCCAGCGGAAAGAUCGUUUCGCACACGCAUCUCGGAGUGAAUAUGUUUGACAAGCUGAACCGUGAUGCCUUUCAGAUAGUUUCUUACUUUUUGUUUCAAACGCUAGACCAGUCUCUCACCAAAGAAGUUUUCAGACAUUGUUGGCCGCCAUUUGACCAAAAAAGUGAUACUGAAUUUCGGAAACAUUGUUGUGAAUGGUUAAAAAAGAUUUCUGCUGAAUGUGGAAGUAACUUUCCUCAAGUUGUUGGUUCACUAUUUCUUUCUCCUGGUGGUUCUAAAUUUAUCCAUCUGAUGUAUCAUUUUGCAAGAUUUGUUGUAAUAAAAUACAUUAAAUCCAAUUCUAAAAAUUCUUCUAUACGUUUUACAGAGACACUUAAUGUAAAGUCACAAGAUUUGCACAAGUGUGUUGCCAGAUGCCAUGUAGCACGUAACAGAUUUUUACAAAUUUUGCAGAGACAAGAUUGUGUUAACCGAAAAUAUCAGGAAUGUGCACAAUUGUCAGUUAAGCAAGUAAGGAAUUUGAGAUCAGAAUGUAUAGGACAACAAAACCAAAUGAAAAAAAUUGAACCUUGUGAUGACCAAAGUAAUAUACAAGAGAAAAUUCAAAAGGUUCGAUCUUUGUGGGCGUCAGUGAAUGAAACACUUGUGUUUUUGGAAAAAGAGAGAGAAGUUGUUAAUUCAGUCCUUAGUCUAGCAAAACAUUAUGUGUUAGAUGGAACUAAUGUUGCUGUUAAUAUUCCAAGGCUCUUACUUGAUCAAGUUGAAAAACAGAUGUCUCAGUUGCACAUAGGAAAUGUUUAUGAGGCUGGAAAAUUGAACCUCCUAACAGUUAUUCAGUUAUUAAAUGAAGUCUUGAAAAUAAUGAACUAUGAACAUUGUCAGGCUGACCAAGGAAGACUGACACUAGAUCUUCACUUCCUUGAAAAAGAGACCAAAUUUCAAAGAGAAAGAUUAUCUGAUCUGAAGCAAAUGAGGUAUAAAAUAAAGGAAGAUAUUAGAACUAUAAGACAUUCUAUUGUUGACAAACAAGGAGAAUGGUAUAAAAAGUGGGAAGACUUUCUUGGUCUGUCUCCUUUCAGUCUAAUUAAAGAAACUCCAGCUGUGGAUCUUUUACCACCUAUGUCUCCCCUUUCAUUUGAUCCUGCUUCGGAAGAAGCAUAUGCGAGGAGUAUUCUUCUUCAGUAUCCUGCUUCACUUCCAGAUACACCUAAGCAACAUAACCAAGAAAACGAUUGCAGAAGAGUCAGUGAUACAGUGGAAACUGUACAUGAUCUAGUCAACAGCCCUGCUUCUUUUUUAUUGCAGCCGACUUCAUUAGAUGGAAACAGUGUUACACUACUUGAAAAGGACAUGGAGAUGAGAACUCCUAGAGAGAAAAGGGAAACAAUUUCUAAAAAAACACAAAAAUUUGAAGUUAAUGACUCUGCUUCAUCAAAUAUCACCCAGAAUAUGGAUAGCAGUGUAUUUGUAGAGCCUCUGCCAGCUAACAAAAGUGAUCCUUUCGAAAAAGAGCAAGAUCAUCUGGUAGAAGAGGUUGCCAGGGCAGUUUUAUCUGAUUCACCACAGCUCUCUGAAGGAAAAGAAGUAAAAUUAGAGGACCUAAUUGACUCUCUAGUUUCUAACCCAUUCUUAACAAGGAAACAAAUUCCCCGAACACCAGAAAAAUUGAUAAGUGAAAUUCGGAGCUCAUGGAGAAAAGCUGUUGAAAUGGAAGACAACAGAAGUACAGAACCCAUUCAGAUGGAUACUGAACACAGAGAAGUAUUGCCAGAGUCCUUACCUGUAUUACAUAAUCAAGGAGAAUUUAGCUUGGCCAGUUUUCUGUCAGCAACCACUGUAUCAGAUUCUAAUCAAUCUCAUUUGCCUGAAGAGAAAGUUGUUCCAGAUUGUCUCAAGAGUGUGCCUCAGAGGCAUAUGGUAACCAGUCACAUAUGUGAAACAACACAAAAUGAGUCAGAUUUGUUAAAUAAGAAAGUAAUUUGUAAGCAAGAUUCAGAAUCUACUGCUCCACAGAAAAUGCCUUUAGAAACUAGCCACGUACAAACCUUCUCCCCCGGUGUAGGAAAUGAGAUAGAUGUAAUAGGUAGCAAUGAAGAGGAGUAUGUUAAAAUACUGGAUCACUCGCAAACUUCUUAUCAGGAAACUUCCAUGUAUAAAACUAUGUUAUGGAAUUCUUUUCAAAUACCAAGUGGAAUUGAUUUUGGCAUAUUACAUGAAACUCUCCCAGAAGAACUUGAUCACUUAAGUCUUAAUAGCUCUACUAGUACAGAGGCCAAUUUUAAACUGGAACCAAAUAGUCCUAUACCCAGUGGCAUUUUUCCAGAUGAUACUGUAGGAGACAGAGAAAGAGUUUCAGAAUCAGCCUUUAAUUUACAGACUAUUUGCAGUAGAUAUGAGGCUCUGAAAAAAUCUCUCUCCCAAAUAAAGGAAGAAAUUUACCUCUCUAGUCCUGAAAGACUUGAAAGACACAAACCAGAGUUGAGCCCUACUCCUCAAAACAUGCAAACAGAUGAUUUGCUCGACAUUUUGGACACUCAUAAUUUGCAUAUCGACUAUACAAAACCAUCUUUACGAAUGUCGCUUGGUGAAAGAAAACGAUCUCUUUCACCACUAAUUAAGUUUUCUCCAGUGGAGCAAAGAUUAAGGCCCACAAUACCAAAUAGUCUUGGGGAACUUCUACCUAAUUUAAAAGAAGAAGAAAUCCUGAAUAAAAGCCUUGAUGCAAAAGAAUCUCCAUCUGAUUUGAUAAAAUGAAGCAGUACCCCAGUUAAUUUCUGAUGCAUUUAAAUUGAAGUAAUAGCACAGGAUAAAAACUGAUUUAUAGUUUACAUACACAUUGAAGUGUAACUCUUUUUGAAAGCCUAAAAAUUCUUAAAUGCCUUUUAGCCUCUAAUGUUUCAGGUAAGGACAGUAUGUUUGGGUUUUCUGUCUUUAUAUGGAUAUGGGUUUGAAAUGUGAAGUAUUUGGAAAGUAAACAUUAAGUUGUAUGAAGUUAUUUUGGUUUCUUGAAUAAUCUGGCAAGCAUUAAGUCAAAGGCAAAGUAGUAGUUUAACUUAUAACUUCAGUUAAUUAGCAAAAGGAUGAGUAUCUUAGGAGGUUAACAUAGUUUGUAUAUACUGAACUUUUAUUUUAGGGUAGUAUACAACUUUUAUUGUUUCUUUAUGGAACAUUUGAUACUAAUCAAAAAAAGUAAAGUAGUGCCUUAGGAAGUAGUCAAGAUGACAGUUUGUUUGGGAAUGUUCUUAAUUCAAGUAGGUUGUACUGAGGUGAUUGAUGGAAUAAAGUGCAGGUGAUGAAUGAAGACUGGGGCAUAAUGAAUUUAGAAAAAGGAAAAAAAUGGAGGAUGACCAGACACUUUAGAAACAAUAUCAAACUAAAUCCAUUUCGUGGGUUGUAUAAAAUUUUAUAUUUAGUCUAAUUUAGACUUUGAGAAUUUAAUUUAACCUUAGUUUUAUAUUUUAACAGAAUUAAGUGUAAAUUAAAACAUUAAUUAGUCUGUUUAUUGUUUUUUUGGGGGGUGUUGGGUGGGUGUUGUUUUUGGGAAAGGAACUAAUUUUUGAUUGUUACUUUCCUCCUCAAAAACCAUCCAUUCCCUAAAAAUUACACCAAUUAAAUUGCUUGAGAAAAUGAAUUGGAGUUAAAUAAUUUUAGUGUCACUUAGUGACAUCACUGGUAGUAGGAUUUGAUCCUGUUUUGCUCAUUAUGCCACAAGACCUCCUUGAAGUAACUAAAAGACCAGGACAUAUAGGAUAUGGCUCCUGGAGGUGGUCUGCUUAUUGGAUCUUUUGUACCCAAGUGGGAGUCAGGUGUGAGGCUCUCCUAUGUUAUCCUGUCUCACUGUUCCACUGUUCAUGCUCCUUGACUGAUAAAAGGGCGUGAUUGUUACAUUCAGGGUAACACAUGCCAUCGUCCUGUUAGCCAGGAAGGGUACUGGGAGGGCCAAAGCACCUACAGUAUCUCUUUAUCUAGCCCCCGCUCUAACUAUCCAAAUGUCCUUGCCAAGAAACUGUCGAGGAGAGGAGAAAAGUUGAAGGUAGUGCUCUUGAAGUGGAUGGGCUUAAUCUUAGUUUAUCUGUCUUUAAAUUGUUCAGUCUCAGUUUGAAGGUCAGUCUUUAUGAGAAGACAAAAGAAGAAGCACAUAUACUUACCUGAUUUGCUGUGGAAAAGUUUCUCCUAAGGUGAAUUCCUUUAUUAAUAUAAAAAAAUGAAUGACUCUGCUGGUAUACUGGGAAACUGUUCUCACAUUUGCCUUAAGAAAACCCAGUAUCUAUAAACCUGAAUUAGCAUGUUAGGGAGGAAGGUGGGACUAAGUGCCAGCCAUGCUAGACAAUACAUAAUCAUUUAAUCCUUACAAGAUAGUGAUUAAGCUAGGGAGCUUAAGUGACUUGUCUGAAAUGCAGUCAAGGAUUUCUUAAAAAUGUAGGUUCUUUGGGUCUAAAAUGGGGAUAAUGAAUCUGCACUUUAGAAUAUACUUCCUUGGUAAAUCUUAGGCUCAAUAAAAAGUUUGAGAUUGACUGCUAGAGGAUAUUGAUUCACAUUUAACCUUGGUACCUUUAAGAAGCAGGCAUACAAUUGCAUAUAUAUUAUUUUAGAGAUGUAACUAUUUGAUAAGGAAACUCAAGUCUGGUAAAGUGUGAGAGACCCUUAGUUACUGAGAAUCAAAAGAUCAAAAUGUCUUUGGACUUUAUAGUUACAAAAGCCAUAUUGUUAAGGGAAUCAUACCUGUGAUAGCUAGUUUGUAGCAUUCUUCCCUAUCCUUUCUAUGCCAAUGUAAAUAAAAAUAAAUUACUUCCCCCCAAACAAUUGUGAUUGUAAUUUAUUGUCUUUGGCUUCUUCCCUAUGCAUAUUCUGCAUAGCUGCCUUUUACCUUAGGCAUAUUGGUCACUUCUUUAAAAUGGUAUUAGUGGUCAUUGCUAGUUCAGAUAAAGGCAUAUAAUCUCUACAUUGGUAUCUCUAUCGCCCCUACCCUACCAUUGUGAUCUCCCAUUUUUUACUGAAAUACUUUGGUAAGCACAGAUCUUUAGAAAUCUUAAGUUGCAAUUCUGAAGCUGGAAUAUUUUACCUUUAUCCCCCGGUUUAUCAGAAUUUUAAAUGUUCUUUAGCGCUCAGACUGAAAUGGGGGCAAUGUGAAAUGUAGCAUACCACGCAAAGCCUGAGCUUGAGAUAGCUCAUUAGGACAAGUUGGGGCUGUGGGAAAAUUCCAGGCCUAAACAAUAGAGGCGGGGUUCCCAUCAAAAAUAAGAUGUGUGUACCCUUUGAACCUGAAACAUGGCAUGUGGUGAAAUGCUCCGCUGCUUGUAACAGCAGUUUGGCUUCUGUACCCUGAUGCUGUGGUAAGUGCAGACUCACAGGUACGGUUUUUGGCUUUAAAAACCCUUAUCACCCCUUGCUCGAGUCUGCUCCCUACAAGAGGGACAGUUGCUGGCCAGCUAAUAAAGGCUUUUCUAAAUUUGAUUUAGACUUGGGUCUUUGUCUAGGGGGAGACUCUACAAGACCACUUCUACCUUGGAAGUCUUAAUUUAUCCUUCCCAUAUUCAUAGGCCUAUCCGUGUUCUAAAAUCUCUGAUUCAGCACUUAGUAUUUUUCAUUUAUUGCUUUAUCAUUCUUUUCAUGGAUGUUAUCCAGUUAUACAUUAUACACACACACACAUACCUCUGUAGAAUUGUGUGAGGUUUGUUUGUCCAUACAUACGUACACUAAGGGCCAUGGCAUGGAUCCAUUAUCUUUAGCAAAUGAGGACAUUUUGGGAUUGUUCCGGUUUGCCUCCUAUGUGAUGGAAUUAAAGUAAUAGUAGAGGACUACUUUAUUGUGUAAAUGCAUGUUUUCUCAUUACAUUCAUAAAAUUAUACAGAAUGUGCCUUACUCAGUCACUAAGAUGGUGUGGAGACUUCUGUAUAACUUGAAACCCUAAAUAAUGCCAAAAUAUCCUAAUUGUAAAUGUUAAAGGAGGACAACAUCUAAUGUUGCUUUACAUGAAAAUGUUAAGUGGAAUAAUGAAUACUUGAGGUUAAAGAAAUCAUUUUAGGGGAACUUAACUGAAAACGUAAGUAUAUUGAAAUUGUCUUUCACCAUGACCUAUUACAUCAAUUUUAUUUAAAAACAGGAAUUCUUGAGACCAGUAUAAAAGAAAACCCUAUUUUUUCUACUCUUGAGUAUAUUAAAAUUGAUGAAAAUUCAUUUAUUUUCCUUAAUGUAAAGAUUGUUAAAAGUCUCUUGAUAGUAAGUUGCUUGUCUUUCUGCUUUUCUCCUUAUGUACUGUGAAUGUCAAGUCCACAUCCUAAAUUUAAAGUAUCUGUGAAUCUUCUAAUUUGUAAAUAGGUUCUACGUAGUAUUGCUUUGAAUAAACAAUAUUCUAUCAUCUAGCUCUGGAAUUUCCUAUGUAAUAACAAAAAGAACCAUGUUCUGCAAACUAUAAAAUCAAAAAUGUAAUACUAACUUGAUCAAAAGAAAUUUGGGGCUUAGUGAUUCAGAUAAGUAUUUUGUUACUG